AUUGUCAUCAACAAAGGCGUUCGUUCUCUUGUCUGAUUCUUUUUGCAACACAGUUUCUUCUCCUUCCCUUUGGUUUCUAGUUUCUUCCUGUUCUUGUUUUCAUAAUGGCUGUCCGUGCUCAAUAUGAGCACAGUAGUGAUAUUGGAGUGUUUGCGAAGCUAACGAAUGCGUAUUGCCUUGUGGCCAUCGGUGGAUCAGAAAACUUCUACAGUGUAUUCGAGACAGAACUUGCUGAUGUAAUUCCAGUUGUUCACACAUCCAUUGCUGGAUGCCGUAUCAUUGGGCGGCUUACUGCAGGUAAUCGUAAUGGCCUUCUGUGCCCAAGCUCCACUACUGACCAGGAGCUGCAGCAUGUCCGUAACUGCCUGCCCGAUUCCGUAGUCGUUCGCCGUAUCGACGAGAGGCUAUCGGCUCUUGGCAAUGUGGUCGCAUGCAACGACUAUGUAGCGCUCGUACAUCCCGACUUGGACCGGGAGAGUGAGGAGAUAAUCGCAGACACACUAAAAGUAGAGGUGUUCCGGCAAACAGUAGCGGACAACGCACUUGUCGGCUCUUACAGUGCAUUUACUAACCAGGGAGGGCUCGUCCACCCUCAGACUAAGGUUGAGAGCUUGGACGAAUUGUCGUCACUGCUUCAAGUUCCACUUGUGGCUGGUACAGUAAAUCGUGGUAGUGAUGUGAUCGGCGCUGGACUUGUCGUGAACGACUGGUGUGCCUUCGCUGGCCUAGACACCACGAGUACCGAGAUCUCGGUCGUGGAGAAUAUCUUUAAGCUGGGUGGCCAUCAGCCAUCGGCCAUCGCUUCAUCCAUGCAUCAGUCGCUUGUUGACAGCAUGACGUAAAGAGAGCAAGACCCCUUUUGAAACCCGGACCAAGUUUUCAUCUCAACAUUGCCACGUGGGAAUCAAUAAAAUGUGAAACGAUCAAACUUGCCACACCCAUGUACUCAUGAUAGCUCGACUAACACUCCUAGUUUCAUGGAGCUGUCUUCAAAGUUCAAACACAA